CUUCACAGCAGAGCACGUAGACGCACCGCACCGGCCAAAGCCAAGCGCAGAUUAAAAUAAAAAAAAAAUAAAAAAAGCGAGAAAAACCAAUUUAAUCCACCAAUUUCUCAGCUCGCAUCCAGAUUAUCUCCUAUUCCCUGCCAUGUCGACCUGAACCCCCUUCUUCUCUUCCACAUGUCUGAAUUCAACUAGAAAAAAGAGAAAAGAACAAUGUCGGAACAGCAACAAAUGCUCACCUCGGCGAAGGAAAUCGCAUUCGGCUCGAUCUCGGGAAUUGCGGGAAAAUUGUUUGAGUAUCCGUUCGAUACAGUCAAGGUGCGACUACAGUCCCAGCCCGAUGGCAAACCGCUUCAGUUCUCUGGUCCGGUCGAUUGUUUCCAGCAAACAUGGCGAAACGAGGGUAUCAAUGGAUUCUACCGAGGCAUCGCAUCUCCGUUGAUCGGGGCUGCUGCUGAGAACGCAUCUCUAUUUGUCAGCUACGAGGCCUCUAAAAGCGCACUCAGAUCUCUGUUCUACCCGACAUUAUCAAACUCGGACCGACUACCGAUGCAAGCUCUUCUUGUUUGCGGUGCCACAAGUGGUGCAUUCACUUCUUUUAUCCUUACCCCAAUAGAACUCAUCAAGUGCAAAAUGCAAGUUCAGAACCUCUCGCUAUACGACUCGCACACCAAACCACCAUCCUCUUCCUCUAAAGCUGCCUACCCCGCCCAACGAACGCAAUCAAACGGUAUCAGCGGUUUCUGGCGCGGCCAACUCGGCACUCUCUUUCGAGAAACCGGAGGCUCUGCUGCGUGGUUUGGUGCAUACGAGUUUAUGUCUUCACUUUUAAGAGCAAGCAGACCUGCAGACAGUCAAUCCAACUCGCAAUUCAUCGCCAUGGUCUCCGGCGCUUGCGCUGGAAUCGCAUACAACAUCUCGCUAUUCCCUGCCGACAGCGUCAAGAGCAGGAUGCAGACAGAUUCCGUACUCGGUACUGGAGACUCUCAACAAGGCUUCUGGACGGUGGCUAAAAAUAUGUACAAAAGUGGUGGCAUCAAGGUUCUCUACCGUGGUUGCGGUAUGACGGUUGCGCGGGCUGCUCCCAGCAGCGCAAUCAUAUUCUUGGUCUACGAGAAUUUAAAAGCAAAUUUCUAG